AUGGAGCUGCAAUUCACAUAUUACGAACCACACAUCACCACGGCCAUUGCUGUCCCCUACACCACCAACGCUCUGACGACUCGCACUCCGGCGGCCUCGAAUGCCCAGACCAUCACCACUACAAACCAACGCAUACCACUACAUUCACCACCACGGCUACUUCCAGCCUUCGCCACAGUCACCACCACAGCCACUACCACAGCUAGUACCACAGUCACCACCACGGCUACUACCACAGUCACCACCACGGCUACUACCACAGUCACCACCACGGCUACUACCACAGUCAUCACCACAGCUACUACCACAGUCACCACCACGGCUACUACCACAGUCACCACCACGGCUACUACCACAGUCACCACCACGGCUACUACCACAGUCACCACCACGGCUACUACCACAGUCACCACCACGGCUACUACCACAGUCAUCACCACAGCUACUACCACAGUCAUCACCACGGCUACUACCACAGUCACCACCACGGCUACUACCAGUCAUCACUACAGCUACUACCACAGUCACCACCACGGCUACUACCACAGUCAUCAACACAGUCACCGCCACAACCACAGUCAUCACCACAGCUAUUACCAGUCACUACCACAAUCAUGGCCACAGUCACCACCACAGUUAUCACUACAGUCUUCACCACAGUCACCACCACAGCCGCAACCACAAUCACCACCACGGCCACAACACCUAUUACCAUCAAAGCAACCACGACGUACCCAUUGCAAUCUCUCAACGCUGCCAACACUAAUCAGAUCUGCCCUCCAUGCCAACACCAUAUCCCCUGCAAUUCUAUCGGGGCUGCCAACACUACCCAAACCUACCCACCCUGCCAACACCAUAUCCCCUGCAAUUCUAUCGGAGCUGCCAACACUACCCAAACCUACCCACCCUGCCAACACCAUAUCCCCUGCAAUUCUAUCGGGGCUGCCAACACUACCCAAAUUUACUCACCCUGCCAACACCAUAUCCCCUGCAAUUCUAUCGGGGCUGCCAACACUACCCAAAUCUACCCACCCUGCCAGCACCAUAUCCCCUGCAAUUCUAGCGGAGCUGCCAACACUACCCAAAUCUACCCACCCUACCAGCACCAUAUCCCCUGCAAUUAUAUCGGGGCUGCCAACACUACCCAAAUCUACUCACCCUGCCAACACCAUAUCCCCUGCAAUUCUAUCGGGGCUGCCAACACUACCCAAAUCUACCCACCCUGCCAACACCAUAUCCCCUGCAAUUCUAUCGGGGCUGCCAACACUACCCAAAUCUACCAACCCUGCCAACAUCAGAUCUCAAAGCUCUUUCAGUGCUACCAACAUUACCGCCAAUAUAACCAACAUCAGCAAUUCUAGCAGGGUUGCCAACGCUCCCAACACAGCAACGGCCGCGUUCAUUUGCACACUUUGUAGACAAAGACUCGUUCAGCAGGCUUUGUGA